AUGUCCGUCAUGAGAAAGGAUGUCCAGCGCUAUUACACUAAGGAUGUCCAGCGCUAUUACACUACAGGUUCCAGUUUUGAAGAUCGAGACUCUGUUACACAAUGGCCAGCUGCCUUGCAUGCACAAGAAGACCAGUCUCUUACAAUACACUGCAGUUUUACCCAUUCAGCUUCCAGCAACAUAUACCUGCAGUGGUACCGUCAGGACCCGGGAGAGCGAGUCAAAUACAUUCUCCAGCGGUACAAACUGUCUGGAGGAGCUGAAGAUGGGGAUAAAGCACCAGGUGUUGAAGAUCGAUUUUCGGCUUUACUUGACGCGCCGAAUAAAUACACGAAUUUAAACAUCAGCGGGAUACAGAUGCGAGACUCUGCCGUUUUCCAUUGCGCUCUGAGGCCCACAGUGAAGGAGACGUCACUGCACACGCUCUACUGGUUUGACCUCGAACUGUUUGACACGUCUUCAAUGUUUUCAGCGACAUUGGAUAAGGAAUCCAGCAGUGUGCCUUUAACAAUAUCAGCAGCCCUGGUGACUGACUCUGCAGUUUACUACUGUGCGCGGAGACCCGCGGGUGUGUCAUUGAACAAAGUACAGCUCAGGUUUAUAAACGAGUUCUUUCAUUCGCACCCGUGGUACAGCAUCAUCUCCUGCCUUCCUGCAGCUAUCCAGGACAUCCUCCCCGUCUCUCGGGCAACGCUCUUGUUCACCUACCAGGAGCGUGGGGCAGCUUCGGCGCUCCCUUCCUAA